AUGUCUCACAUGCAGGGUUUUGCUGCAGGUCUUAUGCUGAGCAUAUCAUUUCUAGAUUUAGCUCAUAAUGCCAUAAACUCAAUUGGCUUUUUAAAAGGCAACCUUUGGUUUUUUGCCGGUGUUAUAUUCUUUGCUGUUCUUGCCAAUUUCAUCCCAGAACCAUCACUUGCUUCAGCUUCUGAUCUGAAAAGUAACAAGGCUAUGAAAUUUUAUUCUCCCAAUAAACAGAAAAAUGGGGAUGUCGGGGGCAAGGAUAUUAUGAAAAAGCACCGCCGCCAAGUUCUAUUUAGUGGAAUCAUUACUGCUAUUGGCAUAAGCUUGCACAAUUUUCCAGAGGGAAUGGCUGUGUUUCUUGGAUCAAUAAAGGGUCUUCAUGUUGGUCUUAAUUUGGCAUUGGCCAUUGCUCUGCACAAUAUCCCUGAGGGUGUUGCUGUUGCUCUUCCUGUUUACUUUGCAACACAAGGUGAGAAUUGGCAGGCAUUCAAAUUGGCAACACUUUCAGGUUUUGCUGAGCCUCUUGGGGUUGUAAUUGUAGCCUACCUAUUCCCAAGCAGCUUGAGUCCUGAAAUUCUUGAGGGCUUGCUAGGAUCAGUUGGUGGAGUAAUGGCUUUUCUAACCUUGCAUGAAAUGCUGCCAUUGGCGUUUGAUAAUGCUGGCCAGAAGCAAGCUGUCAAAGCUGUGUUCUUUGGGAUGGCAUUCAUGUCUGCAAGCUUAUAUUUUCUUGAAAUCAGCCUACCGAAAGAUACGAGCUUGUAGUUGUUGCAUAUGAUGUUGUACAUUCCAGAGCCUCCAUGGUGAGUCCUCAGAAAUUUCAGCGUUACUUGCUAGUAUCAAGGUCCUGUAUUAAUGUUCAGCUUUAUUAGAUUGAUACAUCAAACUUAGCUGAAAGGCAGAGGUAUAGCUUUCUUAGAAGGAUGUUGGUUCUUAUCCAUGAAUGUGCUUUUUUGAAAUGUAACUUAGUAGGAAAGAACAACACAAAAACUGAGAAAUUACAUAUUCCAAUAAACUUCUUGUCAAUUUGGUCAAGCAUUCUCAGUUGAA